CUCAAGUCAAAUUCACACUUUUGCUGGGGAGUCAACGAACAAUCCUAUUUAUUUCUUCCUUUCUAACUCUCUUGAACAUUCAACUUCAACUUAUCAUAAUCAUCAUAAUCAUCAUCAUUUUCUCUUCAGCAACCGCUUUCUCAGGCAUCAGGCCUUCUUCUUUCCAUCUCUAAAACCUUGCCCAAGAUGGACUCCUCCUCACACGCUCCCAUUCCCCAGGCAGUCGACAUGCCUCUUCAUCGUAAUGCCCCGCUGGCGCCAACUCAAGAGCUUGCCUAUCGGAACAAAUGCAUCCAACUAAAGAAGCGUUUGGCAGAGAUCGAAUUGAACAACGACGCUACCCGCCGGAAAAUCAGCCAAGAGACUCAGCACGUCCAGAAGAUGCGCCUCCUCCGUUCCAUCCUGCUCAAUCAUCUCAAGAACAUAAUGGAGUCUCCUCCGAAGAAGUUGACUCCAGAGCAACGCGAGAAAUUGGGUGCUUUGGCCAAUGGAAAGGGAAGCCUGGCAGAGUUGGCUGGCCCUGGAGUGACACAAGAUCUGCCACCCUCACGGCCAGAAGGAGAAGGUCUACUUGACGAUAGCUCUGAAGAGAGCGACGAGGAAGAACCUGAGCCUCAAGAACGACCCGAAAGACGGAGAAGAGCAAACAACAGCCUUCGAGAAUCCAUGUUCCUUUCGACGAACAAUGCAGCAGCAUCUCCUGCUCCUUCCCAAAACCAAGCUCCGUUAUCCACAUCCGCCCUUCAACAAGAUCACGCCCAGCAGGAUUCGCCCUUACCCGAUUCUACAUCCAACCCUCAGCAAGCUGCUCAAGAGCAACGAAAUGAUGGUUCCGAUCCAUAUUACGGCCAGUCUUCUCCUGUUACAUCGACCCAUCAUCAGGCAGGCGCGUACACUGAUAAUGCGGCUGAUGAAGUCAACGGUGUGAGACAUGGCCCCAUGCCACGUCCUGAGAGACCUUACCCUCCCUUCAUGCAAUUCACCAAUCAUAUGCAACCUCAACUUGAAGCAGAUAACUAUCCACCCUCUCUGAUCGCGGAUCGAAUAUCAAUCGAAUGGGACAAUUUGAGUGACGGCAACCGACAAUUAUGGGAGGACAGGUACAAAGAGCAAAUGAAAGAGUACACGGCGGCCAUGGAUCAGUAUAAACGAGCGCAGCGUAGCAAUGCAUCUGGGUCAGGGUUUACGCCAUCAAGCUCAUAGAAUGUGCCUAGGCUUAAUCCCACGACUCCAGCUUACGCAACGGCAGCACAUCAAUUCAAUGCGUCUGGGUCCGGAUGUGCGCCAUCAAGCUCAUAGAAUGUGCCUAGGCUUAAUUCCACGACUCCAAUCGGCGCAACGCCAGCACGGCAAUUCAAUGACUUUACGUGGCACCAACCUCACACAUUAACGUCCUAUGGUCCUAGUCCUAGCAAUACCCUAUCGAUGGGCAGUUACCACUUCCAAUGAGAGAGCGGCGCGGCAGUUCGAACCGGAUGCUCAGAUCUUCAUGGCUGGAGAAUAUCCUUUUGUGACCAUGCCUCUCUGCUCUCAUGUCAGAGUCAUAUCUUUUCACGACUAUACCAGUUCAACUAAGCCCAAUGGAAUGGACACACCGAAGGCUCUGAUGCUGUUUUCAUAGGGCAAUCAAGCUUCAUUGUUCGAGUAUGCACACGGAUGUGCAGACGUGCAGAUAGUAUAGAGUUGCGAGCAAGUCGAGAACCCUGAAUUGAAUGCUUCCGGGGAUAAUUCCA